GGCUGAAAGGAGGAACACAAAGGAGGACUGAACUCCACCCACGACGCGUCACCGGCGACCUUUUCACAGGUGUCACUUCCAGUUUCUUCACAUUCUCUCAGUCAUUGAAAGUGAAUCCCACGGAAACGCGCGCGCGCGCACUGACGCCGCGUCCUCCUGAUGGUUCCGGGUUCCUGCGUCCAGCGCGUCGGAGCCGCCGUGGAAACUUUCAGCAGAAGUUGUGUUGUGGCGUAGCGGGAGGAGGCGGUCGGAGGCGGUCAGAGGCAGGGCGGGGGGUGGAGGUUUGGCUCCGGGGUUUCGGGGAGUCCGGUGCGGCGCUCACACGCGGAUCGGCCCGGCAGUGCGCGCUCCUGCGGGGAUGUCGGCCGUAAAGGCGCUGCAGCAGUGGUGCCGCGUGCGGUGCGACGGCUACCGGGACGUGUCCAUCACCAACAUGACCACGUCCUUCAGGGACGGGCUGGCCUUCUGCGCGCUGCUCCACCACCACAGACCCGACCUCAUCGACUUUGACUCCCUGAAGAAGGACGAUGUUUACGAAAACAACAAACUGGCCUUCAGGGUUGCGGAGGAUCUGGGGAUUCCGGCGCUGUUGGACGCAGAAGACAUGGUGGCCCUCAAGGUGCCGGACCGCCUCAGCAUCCUGACGUACGUGUCCCAGUACUACAACUACUUCCACGGACGCUCCCCGAUCGGCGGCAUGGGGGGCAUAAAGAGGCCGGCCGGAGACCCCGCCGGGGGGCCCUCCGGCAAGAAGAACCAGCCGGUGGCGGCGAAGGUGUUUCCCUCGUCCAAACCGGCCAGAGAGAACAGCCCCCCGCCGUCCUCCAACAUCACGAGGGCGCCCCCGUCCCCGACGCCCAGGGGACACGCCACAAAGGACGCGGCGGCCGAUCGACCUCUUCAGACGGGCACCCUGAGCAACAAAUGUGCGUCCUGCGACAAGCACGUCCACCUGGUGCAGCGCCACCUGGUGGAGGGGAAGCUCUACCACAGGAGCUGUGCAAAGACGCUGGCGGCCACAAGCCCCACCGCCGCCCCCAGAAGUUCCCCCUCGAACGUUCCCGUUUCCACAUCGGCUCCUCUAGCCGACUCCGGUAAAACCACCGCGCCCACUCCGGCCCACACGCCCUCCAGACUGGGCCCGUCGUGGCUGACGGUGAAAGCCGGCACCUCUUCGCCUCCCUCGCAGCCUCCUUCCGGCGUCUCGCCCAAAGGGACUCGGGCGCGCGUCGCCUCCAAACCCGCGGCGACCACGUCCAUCAACGCCGGCCCCGUCGCCGCCCCCCGUACCUCCGCCGCGGCGUCCAAAAACCUGCAGUCCAAGCUCAAGUUCUUCCAAUCGGAGCGGGAUGAGGAAAAAAAGCCGCCACCCGCCUUCGCCGCCGUCCUCGUGAACAAAAGGCCGGACGCGACCGCCAAGGUCCAGGAGGCCGCGGUGGGGCAGCCGCUCUCUGUGGUGGUGAACGUCGGUGGUUUGGGCAGAAAGGAAGCGGGCGUCGGGCCGAGCCCGGGUGGGGACGGAGCGAAGGCAGCGGGCGGAGGUGGACUUCAAAAGUCCAAAUCGUCUGCCGCGGCGUUCAUCUCCAAAAAACUGUCCGAGGAGAACAACAACAACAACGCGGCCAAGCCGCCGUGGGCGACCGUGGCGCUGAAAAAACCCGACGCACCUCCUCAGGCGGAGACCCCGAGGAGGGAGCCGCCGGGCGCCCGAGGGCGGAAGGUGCUGCGGGCCGACCGCUCCAUCCUCGACGACGUGACGGCCGCGCGGACGCCGAGCCCGGUCCGCCCGGACCGGGGGGGCCCGAGGCCCAACGCCGCGGGUCAAGACAUCUAAUCGUCAUUUCUCCCCCCCAGCAUCAGAAAACCAAGCUGCCCUGAGGACUGGAGGUCCAAGCUCAAACCCCUCGCAAAGCCUGCUGGUCCUUCGCAGUCCUCCCCGAAGCCGUGGGCCCGUGGAGGGGGGACGCCUCAGACCUCGGAGGUGUCCGUCAGGCCUUCUCGAUCACCUAAGCUUCACCACCCGACCGUGACUGUCACUCCGCCGGCGGCAAAGGGAUUCCUGAAUGCGGCAAAUGGAACCAAGUCAGAGUUGAAGAAGAUGAAGCCAGACUACAUUUCCAAAGAAGACAUCAUACGCGAGCUGCAGGAGAUCGAAGACAACCUCAACGAGUGGGAGAAGAGGGGAGUGGAGCUGGAGGUGAAGCUCCGCGGCAGCGAAGAAGAGGGCGAAGAGGACUCCCUCAUGGACGAGGUCAUGGUCGAGUGGUUCAACCUGAUCAGGAACAAGCAGGUGGCCAUGCGCCGGGAGUCUGAGCUGGUCUACAUCGGGAAAAACCAGGACCUGGAGGAGGAGCAGCCGACGGUGGAGCAGGAGCUCCGCAGGCUGAUGGACAAACCAGAUCAUCUGAAGACCCCCCAGGACCCGAAGAGGGAAAAUCAGCUGAUGGACAAACUGGUGGAGAUCGUCAACGACAGAAACGCCAUCGUAGAGGGUCUGGAUGAGGACCGACUCAGGGAGGACGAGGAGGACCAGGAGCUCAACAAGAUGAUGAUGAGUUUCAACAUUAAAAAGGACAAACCAAAGAAGAAGUCGCCGAUGUCCAAACUGUUCAACUGGGGGAGCAAAAAGGAGGGAUGACGCCGCUUCCGCCUCCUGAUCUGCUCCCGACGGACCGUAUCGGCAAAAACAUCUCAGGCCUCCUUUGUGUUUCUCUGCGUGUCUCUGACAAGGAGGGAGGGUAAUGGUGUGUGUGUGUGUGUGUGUGUGUGAGUGUGAGAGACACACACACACAAGUAAGGUCAGAUCUUGAGUGAUGCUGUCGACGUAGGGAGGGGAAUUUUUCUAAAAGCGCUUAAACGAUCUCACACACACACACACACACGUUGAGGGUUAAUGACUCAUGAGACGCGACGUGAUUGGGUUCAGUGCUCCAGUUGAUAGUUUUUAUACCCUUCUAGUCUUAAUCUGUCUGCUUAAUACUCUCAAACACGCACACACGUGUUCUCGCUCUAUCUGCUUACAUGUGUAACUUGAAAUGUUGCCUGUGUACAGAAACCCUGAAGACGCUAAUAGGAUCCAGAGGAGACGCGUCGCUGUCUGAGCCUUCAGUCGUGGGGUUUUGCGCGUUUUUAAGGUCGCGCUUAAACCUCGGGCGAGAACAAGUCUACUCGGCUCUGAUCUCGGUUUACGAGCAGGGGGUCGGGAGGUCGCAGGAAAACAGAACGCAGAGGAAGCACGUCUGUCGAGUCGGGGAAGAUGUCGCCUCGCUCUCUGACGUUCGACGAAGGAAAAGUCUCUCAGACGAGCGGCGAAAGGCUCCGUGGAGACGCUUUUCCAUUCAGAGAAGUGCCUUUAUAAACUCCACGGGCUUUUAUUCUGAAAGGUUUUAUAAAUUGUGCAGAUCCUUUAUUUGUGAUUUGGUCGAUGCCUUUUGUAGAAGUUGAAAUCGGGGUUUUGAGGGUUGACGGUUGGCAGCUUUAUUUCUAAGUGUACAUGCAGGGAAUAAAGACAAAACUAGCUUUCCAUUUUCUCCUCAGUACCUGUACCUGUAUGUCGAUGCACCAGUGGAGCAGUUUGGAAGCCGUUUACGUUUUGUAUCGAUUGAAAAGGCAAACUGUGAUGAGGUGCUGCAGGCAGGAACAUCUUUGUUUUAAUAACCAAACACACUCACAGCUUUUCCCUCUUGACGUUUGACAGCAGGAGAUCGUGACGGCUCCUUUUGAUUAAAAACAAUUUACUGCAUAUUGAGGUUUUCAUUAGAAGAAUGAAGUGGGGGGAACAUUCAGGUUCCGAUGUCCUGAUGUUCUCUUGUGCUUAAGCAGCUUGUGUAUUAUAUGACGUAUGUAAGGAACACGAUCUGGAUGCUUUUGAUUGGGAGAAAUACAACAAGUGGUCCAUAUUGGAUCUGGGUGUGUACAUGUUUAUUAAUGUGAAUUUGUGCGUGUGUGUCAUAAUCACUAAAACCAACUUUUCAUUUCUGUGUCGCGACCAAAUUGAUCAAUUUCAACACAAAUAUUUGUAUUUUGCAGACUGUAACAUUGUGUAUAGGUUUGUUUUUGUUUCUCCAUCUAAGCUGGAGGAGUUGGAUACACAUGAAAGUGGAGCAGUCUGAUUAUUCAAUGACUUACAGAAAUCUAUUUAAACUCAACUAAUUUGAAUAAAACGAUGAUAUUAUUUGUUGGUCACUGUUCUGUGAUUUUCACUCAUAUUGAAAUGUAAUGGUACAGAACUUUAA